UGUUAUUGAAACCCAUUACCGACCAAAAAAACGCACAAAGCCACUUUUCCCCUUUUUUUUUCCCUACCGAGUCUCUCUCUUCUUUUUCCCCCAAACAAAAGCGCAGAACUCAUUCGCAUUACUGUCUCUUCUACCCUAUCCACCGCUCUCAACGCCACCGCCGUCCUCGUCGCCAUCACCUCUGCCGUCGUUGCCAUCACCUUCACCGCCGACCCAUUCACGUUACUGUCGCUUCUACCCUAUCCACCGCUUGAGAAUCUCGAUCACCCUCAACGCCACCGCCGUCCUCGAGCUCGUCGGCAUCAUCACCGCCAUCGUUGCCAUCACCUUCACCGCCACAAACUUAUCAAAACACACUUCCUCUCUCCGAAGGUCUACACCUAUGGCUGUUCGUGGGAGGGGAAAGAACAAGCAAUAUUGGAAGGAUGAGGAGAUUGAUGCCUUGGUUGAUGUUCUACAAGAACUAGCUUCUGAUCCUUUGUGGAAAGUUGAUGGGGGAUUCAAAAAUAAUUACAUGUUUCAAGUGCACAAAAUAUUGGUGAGCAGGAUUCCCAAUUUCGAUAAGGAAGCUGAUCCCCACAUUGACUCUAAGAUCAAAUGGCUAAGGAAAAAGUACAAUCUCAUUUCAGAAAUAUGUAUGCAAAGUGGUUGUCAAUGGGAUGAUGUUGAGCAUAAGAUCAACUGUGAGAAACAAUGGUUUGAUGAAUGGUGCUUGAAUCACAAGAAUGCAGUUGGGUUGUUAAAUUUUAGAUUUCCUUAUUUGCACAAGCUAGACAUGGUUUGGGGUAGGGAUAGAGCAACAGGAGUCCAUGCUGAGGAUUUUGUUGAAGCCAGUGCUAAUGCCAAUUGUCCAAAAAAUAUGACCGUGUGUUCUUCCUCAGAUAGUGAAGAUGAACCUGUCAUAGUAUCUGAUGCACAAGGAUCCCCAAGUAGUUCAUCAACCACUCAAGCAACAAAGAAGCGCAAAAAACUGUCACCAAGGAGGAAAACCUUUUGCAAAAGCAAGAAGCCCAGAACACUUCAGCAAACUAUUGAUGCAAGGUUAGAUAGCUUUACUACUAAGUUUGAGUCCGUAUGCGAUCACAUGGCAUCACAAUAUGCUAUUGUUACAAAUGCUUUGGUUGCGGAGUCUAAAUCUGAUGAAUCCCUCUCUAAUGAGAAGAUGCAAGAAGUAAUUAAUGAACUUCUAAAUGUUGGCAUAUCUCCGAUGGAUGUUGGUAGAGCUGCUGAAAUAUGCUAUAAUGAUCCUGCCAAAGUUCAAGUUAUAUUUGCUUUGCCAAGUCAUUUGAGAAGGUCCUUUGUGCUUGGUUUCCUUUAUCCAUCAGUUGCUCCCUAAAUCUUGUCGGCACAUAUCAUUUUGGUUUAUAAAACUUUUGUAAAAUGAACUGAGGAAUUGAUAUUGCACAACUAGGUUAUUUUGCAAUGUUGG